UUGGUUUCUUUGGCUAAACCGCCAAACUCCACAAGAAGAGGAGGAGAAGUUGCCUCUGAGCUUCCUAUAUUUUCUGCUGUUUGUUUUCUACGUUAUUUGGGUCGGAACCUGCACAGAACACCAUGAGGAGAACCAGGGCUUCAAGAAAUCAAGGCCAGGCCGCCGUAGAAAACGAGGAGGCCCAGACAAAGACGGUGUGGCAGUGGAGAGGGGACGACGGACAGUGGGAGCCGUACCCCGACGAGGCCUGCACCAAGCUGGAUUCUGCUUCCUCUCUGGGGAGGGCAUCAGUCACCCUGACUCUGGGCGAAGGGAGGAAGUAUAAAGUCGAUCUGAAGAAAAUGGUUCAGAUCAAUCCUGCUACGAAGUUCAAGAGAGAGAUUCGCUUACAGACAGUAAAACCAGAAAGUUUGAACGGAGCCGAUGGCGAGGUGACUCAAAAUGGAGAUCCAGUUCAAGUUAAAGAGGAAGAGGAGGAGACGGUGGAGCCGCCAACAACCAAGAGAAGAAAAGGACAAGGCAAGAGUGCAACAAAAACCAAAGAAAUACCCAAAGAAGAGCCAAAAACUGAGGUGGUGAGGACGGUGGUGAUGAAGGGAAAAGCUCCAGUUGACCCAGAAUGCAAAGAGAAACUUGGAAAGGCUCAUGUUUACAGUGAACAGGAUGAUGUGUACGAUGUGAUGCUGAACCAGACUAAUCUUCAGUUUAACAACAAUAAAUACUACCUGAUCCAGCUGCUGGAGGACGACAGCGCCAAGGUUUACAGCGUCUGGAUGAGGUGGGGUAGAGUGGGUAAAGUGGGUCAGAGCAAACUCACACCCUGCGGGGGAGACCUGAACAAGGCCAAAAACAUCUUCACGCAAAAGUUCAUGGACAAGACGGACAACGACUGGGAUUCCAGGGAAUUCUUCGAGAAAGAGCCGGGAAAAUAUGACAUGGUGUUGAUGGACUACAGCGCGAAUGAAAAGGUGGAGAACAUGACCACAGUGGACUGUCCUCCUAACAAGCAGCCCUCCAAGCUGGAUCCGGCCGUUCGGUCUCUCCUCGAACUCAUCUGUGACAUCAAAGCAAUGGAGGAGUGCGUGCUGGAGAUGAAGUUCGACAUCAAAAAAGCUCCUCUUGGAAAGCUGACCACAGAGCAGAUCCGGGCAGGAUAUGCAGCCCUGAAGAAGAUCGAGUCGUGUCUGAAGAGGAAGGGCAGCCGUCAGGAUCUGCUGGAAGCCUGUAACCAGUUCUAUACCCGCAUCCCGCAUGAUUUUGGGUUAAAAACUCCCCCAAUGAUUAACACCGAAGAAGAUCUGAAGAAAGAAAUUGCUCUGCUGGAGGCACUGAGCGACAUCCAGAUUGCCGUGAAAAUGGCCCAAUCAAAUGCAGGCAGUGACGAGCAUCCUUUGGACCGACAGUACCGCUCCAUGCAGUGCCAGCUGCAGCAUUUGGAACCAAGCAGCAAUGAUUUCAAGGUGAUAGAGAAGUACCUGACGUCCACUCACGCUCCCACGCACAACGACUACACGAUGAAGGUCCUCGACAUCUUCUCGGUGGACAGAGGCGAGGAGAGCAAAAGGUUCCUCUCUAACUUGCACAACAGGACUCUGCUGUGGCACGGCUCCCGUCUGUCUAACUGGGUCGGCAUCCUCAGUAAAGGGCUCCGAGUGGCGCCGCCGGAGGCCCCGGUCACCGGUUAUAUGUUUGGUAAAGGUAUCUACUUUGCGGACAUGUCGUCAAAAAGCGCCAACUAUUGCUUCGCCAACCAGAGCAACCAUGUUGGAUUGCUGCUGUUGUCUGAGGUCGCGCUGGGAGACUGCAACGAGCUGCUGGACGCCAACUGCGAGGCCCAUAACCUGCCUGCAGGAAAGCACAGCACCAAGGGCCUGGGUCAGACCGGACCCGACCCCAAGAACGCCGUCACGCUGAAUGGCGUGACGGUCCCGAUGGGUCCCGGCGUGAAAACGGGGGUUCGUAACCCAAACGGUUACACGCUGCUCUACAACGAGUUCAUCGUCUACAACCCGGCUCAGACGCGGAUGCGGUACCUGCUGCGGGUCCAGUUCAACUACUCCUCAAUGUGGUGAAGGAGCCCCGGCCUGAGGGUCACGCUGGGAUUUGAACACGGUCCUGUUGCUAGGCGGAUUACAGAAAUGUUUACGUUUCACCGAGUUGCAGCGAUUCAAAAAUGAAUUAUUGGUUAACUGAUGGAAAAAUUAUAUGGAUAUUUAUUUACCCCAAGCAAAAUAUCCUUGAAAUCUGGACCAAAUUGUUGCACGAUUGGUGAAAUUUUUUUAUCAAAAAUGUUUUGGUGGGAAGAUGUCUAGAUAGAUCUACUUUUAAAGUUGAAAAUAAAACUGUUUUUAUUUUUGAAAGCAACAACCUUUGAAGAAAAUCAGAGCCACAUAGAAAAUAACUGCAUUAAUACCUGAUGUUGUGCCUCUAUUAAAUAAUUUAGGGGUCUCAUAAAUGUUCGCAACAGCCUUUCUACUCUGGAGGUAUUAUCGACAGUGUAAAUAUUCUCUAAAGCCUUAAAGUUCAGGAGCUGACAUAUCUGGUGGUUAAAGUUGAUGUAAAACUGUAAAAUCGGUAAAUAAUCCUUGCUACCACCACCUCCAGCCGUUUAGUUGGUUGUUUGUCUCACAUCCCUCUGCUGAUGGAGCCCAUCACAUGGUUACACACUAACUUCCUGUUCAGUAGAGCCAACCUUCACGUGUGUCACUCAGGAGGGAAGCUGCCUGAGGCGACAAAAAAAACAAUUUUUUUGCACUAGAUUUUAUCCUUGUUACGUUUUUAAGUUGAUUCAUUUUUAUGAUAAAAGCUGUUCAUUGCCAUCCUGUUUGUUUUUUGGUGUGUGUUGUUUUUUUUUUUUUUUUUUUUUUUUUUUUGUCUUGCUUGUGCUCAUCUAAAACAGAACUAACCUCUGUUAUUAAAAAGGUGGGAAGAAGUCAUUUAUUCAUGGAACUGCUUCAGGCAGUAUGAAUGCAAUAAAACGCUGCUUAAUAA